AUGACUACCACUCAGCUUCCCAUCACGGACACUGAUAAGUACGAUUAUGUUAUCGUCGGUGGCGGGACAGCGGGUUGUGUUGUUGCUGCGAGGUUGGCCGAGAACCUACCACACAAGAAGAUCCUUUUGAUCGAAGCCGGGCCUAGCGACUAUAUGGAUGAUCGUGUCCUCGAUCUGCGACAGUGGCUGAACUUGCUUGGCGGUGAACUUGACUAUGACUACGGCACGACUGAACAGCCAAUGGGCAACUCCUUCAUUCGACACUCGCGUGCAAAGGUUCUUGGAGGAUGCUCAUCACACAACACCUUGAUCUCCUUCAAACCAUUUCAAUAUGAUUUGAAUAUCUGGCAGUCACUCGGAGCUAAAGGUUGGACGUUCCCAACUUUCAUGAACUCAGUGAGCAGGUUGAGAAAUACCAUCCAGCCAGUUCACGCAAGGCAUAGAAACCAGCUGUGCAAGGACUGGGUUGAGUCAUGCAGCACAGCAUUGGAUAUUCCCGUAAUCGACAAUUUCAAUAAGCAAAUCGAGAAGACUGGGUCGCUCAAGACAGGCGUUGGAUUUUUCUCAGUCAGCUAUAACCCGGAUGAUGGCAGACGGUCUAGUGCCUCUGUAGCCUACAUCCACCCUAUUCUGAGAGGCGAAGAGAAACGGCCGAACUUGACAAUUCUGACUCAUGCCUGGGUCUCCAAGAUCAAUGUCAAGGGCGACGAGGUCAGCGGCCUGGACCUCACUCUCCAGGAUGGCUCCUCACGCCAGGUGAAGGCGAAAUGUGAAACAAUCCUAUGUGCCGGAGCUGUUGAUACGCCCCGUUUAAUGUUACUCUCGGGACUGGGACCUAAGGAUCAGCUGACUUCGCUUGGUAUUCCUGUCGUCCGUGAUAUUCCGGGUGUAGGCGAAAACUUACAAGACCAUCCCGAGAGUAUCAUCAUGUGGGAGUUGAAGAAGCCCGUGCCGGAAAACCAAACUACGAUGGACUCUGACGCAGGGAUCUUCUUGCGUCGCGAAGCUCCUGGUGCGGGUGCCAAGAAGUCAGCAGCAAACCCACAUGGGCUUUCUGAUGGCGACAUCGCAGAUGUCAUGAUGCACUGCUACCAAAUCCCCUUUACCCUUAACACUCUUCGUCUCGGAUACCCCGAUGUCCCGGAUGGAUUUGCUUUCUGCAUGACGCCCAACAUCCCACGCCCAAGAUCUCGAGGACGGUUGUUCCUAACCUCUGCUGAUCCUAAGGUCAAGCCAGCUCUCGACUUCCGGUACUUCACUGACCCCGAGGGUUAUGAUGCCGCCACACUUGUAUACGGAAUGCGGGCUGCUCGCAAAGUUGCCGAGCAAGCACCCUUUAAAGAUUGGAUUAAGAAAGAGAUUGCACCAGGUCCCAAUGUGCAGUCAGAUGAAGACCUGAGCCACUACGCACGCAAGGUGGCGCACACGGUCUACCACCCGUGUGGAACGACCCGAAUGGGCGACACAAAGACGGAUGAACUAGCUGUUGUCAACGAAAAACUCAAGGUUCGCGGCUUCAAAAACCUGCGUAUUGUCGAUGCUGGAAUAUUCCCGACGAUUCCGUCAAUCAACCCUAUGGUGACGGUACUGGGAUGUGCCGAGCGUGCUGUUGAUUUAAUCAUUGAGGAGGCUACAACAGUUCCGGAGAAAGCCCGCCUAUAA